UUUUAAAUAUUUAAAAUAUGGCCAUUUGGUGUGGAAUACAUGUAUGUAGUAUAAUAAAAAUGUAGAUUUUAAAGAAGCCGUAGUGCAUGAUUACCACGCUGUUACUCCAUUAAAAUGUAAAUGUCUAUCAUUAAGUUGAAUUACAUGGCAAUGUAUGAAUUAUUUUAAUUUUUUAAACAAUUUGGGGUGAAUUCCAACUUAAUGUGCAGUCUUAUUAUGUUUUAAAAGUAAAACAUACUCUUAAGUUUGGUCUUUUGUCUUUUUAAAAUUGUGUUUGUUUAUGUUCCUUUUUUUUAAUAUUCAUUUUUGUUGAGAAAUUAGCCCGCAACACUUAUUGCAGGGAGGAGCUGCUGCCAAAGCCACAGCCAGAAUGUAUGCAUAGCGCCUAAAGAACACUUCCUGUUGAUGUAAAAAUUGCAGCAGCAACUGUCUGACACAUCUGGACUGGAGAGGGGGGGAGGCCUGGCUGUAGCGUUAGCGAAUUACAGAAGGGGAAUGGACAACAUCUAAUGAUAAUCUGCAAGACGGCUGCCAUCAAACUGGAGAAAUAUAUUCAAGAGAUGGACGACGGCAGCUACAUCGAGUUUGAUGUGCCGGAGUUCAGUAAUACUGUUCUGACUCAACUCAAUGAGUUGCGGCUACAAGGAAAGCUUUGUGACAUCAUUGUUCAUGUUCAGGGCCAGCCUUUUCGAGCCCACAAGGCUGUUCUGGCAGCAAGCUCACCCUAUUUCCGUGACCAUUCAGCUCUCAGCACCAUGAGUGGCCUUUCCAUAUCUGUCAUCAAAAGCCCCGAGGUGUUCGAGCAGCUUCUUGCUUUCUGCUACACAGGACACAUGUCCCUUCAGCUCAAGGACAUAAUCAGUUUCCUCACAGCAGCCAGCUUCCUGCAGAUGCAGGCUAUCAUCGACAAAUGUACCCAGAUCCUCGAGGGAAUCCAUUCCAAGAUCAGUCUCCCAGUUAAUGUGUGCAGCCCAGGGAAGGAGACCUUACAGACAAGUCGCAAUGGUGUGAAUGACAGCAACCUCUUCAUAAACCCCACCCAGAUCUCCCCCCCGUAUUACUCCCGUCAUAUUCAAGCAGGGCAUGAAGCACGGUUGGAGGUGGCAGGAAAAACCCAGGCCCGGGUACGGCAAAACCAAGAGGAGGCCCAGUCAGACCGUGGAAGUAGUGACAGUGUGUCGGAGCAUGAUGCAGCGGUGGAAGUUGAAACGGAACAGGUGGAACUGAUUGGCAAAGAUGGUCAAGUAACAGAUGUACAUGUGAAGAUAGAGAAGGUCAGCAGACCAACAUACUCGGACAGUUCCUCGGCUGGGGACGACGGUUACCACACAGAGUUGGUUGAUGGAGAACAUAUUGUGGCUGUAAGUGUGGGCUCCUACGGUCCAGUGAUCCAGCCUGCCACCUAUUCCUACUCAGGGCUCUCCUCUCAAUGCUUUGUUAACCUUAGCAGUUCAAGUCCCACUCGUUCCAUGCUCAGCGGUUUCAGAGGUGGACGAGCCAGAGCCAAGCGGCCAUUGGCCAUGCCAUCGAAUGUGCUGAGUCACAUCAAAUCCAGCUCAGACGAUGCUGACUCAGCCGCUGGCCCCACAGGUUUGGAGAACGAUGUGCGAGAGCGCAGCUUGCGCAGUCAGUGGUACCCCUACAACGAGAGACUUGUUUGCAUUUACUGUGGAAAGACCUUCAAUCAGAAGGGGAGUCUGGAUCGCCACAUGCGUCUGCAUAUGGGAAUUACCCCAUUUGUUUGUAAAUUCUGUGGCAAAAAGUACACAAGGAAAGACCAAUUGGAGUACCACAUCCGUGGCCACACAGACAACAAGCCCUUCCACUGUCAGAUUUGUGGCAAGUGCUUCCCGUUUCAGGGCACCCUCAACCAGCACCUGAGGAAGAAGCACAUGGGGGUGACAGAAGUCAACAAUCACAUGGACUCCCCAGAAAGGACGGAGGGGGAGAGCUCAUGCCAAAAGGAGCGGGAGGAUGCAUCGGAGGGAAUGGUCUUUGAGACACAAUAUGCAGAAGAGGCACCGGCCAAUGAUAUUGAGGAGAGUUCGAAAUGCAGUCCGGAGGAGGCCCAAGCAUCAAGAUGCGACUUUUAGGUCUUGCUUCAGGUUAAGGAAGCUUUAAUUACAGUUUAUUUCAACACAAAGUACUAACUUCUUUCUGAAUAAGCUCCCUCUGCUAACAGACUCGUCUUGAGUCAAGGGUUUCUGACGAUUUUCUGAAAGGUAGAUGCAUAGAGAAAAUGGGUGCUUUAUAGAAAUUCUUUCAAGCAAAGGGAGUAAAAACUUACUAUUUUUAGGGGGUCCCAAUAAUCAAGACCUUCUGGUUGAUUUCUCUUUUUAUCUUUCCAUGUUUUUUAAAACAUAUAUACAGAGUUAUAUAGGCAUGUUGCAAUAAUGAAUAAUGUGAAAGCUCUGGUAAGAUGCUUGUCAUAUCACCUUUUGACCUGAUCUGUUUUUGCACAUGUGGCCACUGGAGGUCACUUACUCACAAGGAAUGAUUUUUUUUUUCUCUGCCAGUGCAAAGCUUCGUGUGACAUAUCUGUUCAAUACCUCAUGAUGCAACUACAUACUCAUAGCAAACAGUAUUUUAACUUAAAUGAAACUCACCGGGUUCUACCUCAUAGCCAAGAACCUACCAAGCACAGAUGUUUUAACAGUUUGAAAUCCGUUUAAGGUUGUAUGUACAGUUUAUCUUAUUGCCAAACGCUGUAAAGAAUCUUUAUUUCAACACAAAGCCUUGAUACUUUGAGGGGAAAUAUUCCUCGCUGAUUGUCGGGAUUUGGGACAAAUUCCCCGCCGGUUGUUUCACGGUCAGCAAGGUCACUUUGAAGAUUAAGAAGGUGCUAUGUUAGGCGUACAUUAAAUUGCCAGCUCCACUGUUGUGUUUGGAACAUGUAUGGAGAACAGAGUAAGAACACAAUCCUGUUUAUCUUUUCAAGAUACACUUUUGCUGUCUUUUAUUAUUUGUUAUACAGAACACUUAAGGGUUUUAUCACUUACCACUACUGCUAGUUUUACUCUGUUGGCCAAAGUAUCGCUAUAUGUUCUCCCAUCAGGAGAAUGGGAGAGUUACACUCGUACAGUCAUGUCAUUUCUUUGUUUUUUUUUUUUUUGUUUGUUUUUUUCUGAAAAAUCUCUAAAAUAGUGUGUGUGGAGUUUAAUAACAAAUCUUAAGGUAGGCUUCUAACGUAAUACUCAGUAUCUCCUAAAAAGCUUGUGGACUCGAUGUCAGCUUAGCACAGAAGGAACGGUCUGAGCAAUAUGCAAAUAGAAAAAAAACAAAAA